UUCGACAAACAGUUGGUGGCCGAACCAGGCUGCCUUUGGUUGCUCUUGGUCGUGCUGCCAUUUCUUGUUUUUCUGUCGAACAGUUGGUGGGUGUGCUUGGCGUGGUUGCUCCGUUGCACUACAGGGGCUGAAUUAAUCAUGUUGUUGGGUUGUUUUGUUGGGUUUUAAUUAGGAAGUUGGGUUUUAUCUUCAUCAAUCUCCACAGUGGCUUUUCUAUAUGGCUUGGAUUUGGCUGUUCGUUUCUGCGAGUUUUGUUAUUUUUUCGGUUUUUUGGAGUUUUUCUUGGCUUUUGCUGUUUUCUGUUAACGAGCCGGGGUUAUUUAGGGGCGAUGGUUCGGCCGGAGUUUCUAAAAUAGCCUCAACUCAGCUCGUUAACAUUGUUCUUUAGACGAUUACUCUUUUUUCCUAGCUAAGGCUUUUCCCGGGUUUUCCUUAGUGAGGUUUUAAUGAGGCUCGGCCCUUAGUCAACUUUUCAUGCUUUCAAGGGUUUUUUUAGUUUUCUUUUUUAAUAAAAUUUUAUUUUAAUUAUUACAUUAACAUACGCCCACACUUUAUAUUUAUUUUUUACUUAAAAAAGUGACAAAUUAAGUACAACAAAUUAAAGAUGGCUUGUGGAAUUGGGUCCACUUACAAUUAAUCCAAGACCACAACAACCCUAUAUUUUUAUGGUGAAAUGAAGUGCCAAAUAUACUAAAACUCCAGCAUCCUCAAAAUUAGAUUCUCACUCUUAUUCGCGCACUUUUAUUGUAACAUAAUGAUCGAUCACCCUAUUAAUAUAUAUAACCAAAACCUUGUCUUAUUUUCACCACACAACUUGUCUGUUCACCUUAGUUCUCACAUUUGAUCCAAAUUCUCUCUCGUUUUCAUAUUUUGAAAGCAGAGACGUCUUUGGAUUAUAUACCAACAGACACCUCUUGACUUGUUUCUUCUCCAACAUAUAUUAACGCACACAAAUAUACAUCAGUUGUAACAUGCAAAUCCUUCAGUGGCUGUUGAAGAUAGCAGAACAAGAACCACCAAGAAUAAUAGCACCAAAUUCAACUCCCAUCACUAAAAAGCAAUGCCAUCAUGAGGAAGAAAAAAACAUGCGGAAAGAUUUGGUGAUAUUGAUGAGCAAUGAUAGGGGGCGGAGAAAACAUGCGCCAAAGAGCAAAGUGAGCUGCGAAAACUUGAUGCUUCUCCGUUACUUCUACCAAACACUUAACCUCAAGGGACUAGGAUGCUUCGAGGGAUGCCGGAAUCCGUUGCGGAUGAAUAAGAAGAAGAAGACAUCCGAAAAUAAGGUUUUACCUUUAUCUCAGUCUUCAUCAAGAAACGACAACAAUCAGCUCACUGCAGAUUCCGACAACAAUCCUAAGACGACAAAGAAGAGCAAAAAGAAAGUAAAUUCGAGGAUGAAGGAGUUGCUCAAAUGGACUGCCACUGCAAAGGUGUUGAAAGGUUCAAAGGCGGCGGUGGAUGAUCAUGCUGAUGAAUCUCCCAAGAUCAGCUUUAGAUUAGAGAUGGAUAAUGAGAUGUGUGCAGCUGGAAUAGGAAACUGGAUCACCACAGAUUCUGAAUUUGUUGUGCUCGAAUUGUGAAGAAUUCAACGUGCGGUCUGGAUCACGGACGCCAAUGCCAAUUUUAGACAACAAUCUAAACCGUACACCUUUCUGUUAACAUGUACUACCUUUGUCCAUCAAGAGUAUAUAAUUUUCGAUGGACACAAAUUUUAGAAAAAUAUUUAGUAGAUAUGUGGUUGUGGUUAAUUGAAUGUGUGGCUAUAGAAAGAAUUAGUUGUAGUUAAAAAGAGAAAGUUGAGUCAUGUCUAAAAAAAGUGCUAGUAUACUUUUUGUGGACAUCAAUUGUUGUAUAUUUUGAUGUAGCGAGGUAAUAUUAUGUAUGUAGAGAAGAUUUUCACUGCUUCA